AAACAAUGUUAUAUUGUUCUAAUUUCUUUAUUAUUACUAUUAUUAUUAAUAUUACUAUUAUUUAAUAAAUAUAUAAGAUUAGAAAGAAUAAGGUAAUCUAAACCGAUAGUUAGUGGUUUUCAAUUAUACGAUUAGAAGAGAUGAAGAGGCGACCAUGGUGACAGACAACCCCGCACGUUUGCACACACACACACUCACAAAUACACAUAAACACACUAAUAUACAUACGCAAGCCUAUACACACACACGCAUACCUCCAUAAAUAUCCUGUAGAGUACAAAUGAAUAAGGCAUUUUAGUACAUAAUAUUAUGAAAAAAGAGUGAUACAUUCAUAACAUUCAUACAUCUAUAGAUAUAUAUAUAUAUAAAUAAGGUAUCUAUUGUUCUCACAAUUGAUCUGGGCAAUAAGGGAAACAAAACCAAUUUGAAGGCAACAAAAUAAAAGAGAAUAAACAGAUUGGAAAACAAAACAAAACGAUUUCCCUAUAAACAAAGUACAAUCAUUGCCUGUCUAAAAUUAGUAGGACAUCAUGUCUAUUUCCUAUGUGGAUGAUAUAUCAGAUGGCCAAGGGAUAUUUAUAUUUGCUAAAAUACUUGGGAGAUGGAAAGGAAGCUUGUACAAGCUGGUAUGGGUUGAUCUAUUGAUCUAUAUAUUGGCGUAUUACAUUCUCAAUUUAUCGUAUCGAUUCGCAAUGAAUGAAAAUCAAAAGAAAACUUUUGAAGAAAUUGUUGAAUUCUGUGAAAAAACUAAAGGAGACAUUCCAAUAUCUUUCCUGCUGGGUUUCUUUGUCGCUGGUAUUAUAACACGUUGGUAUCAAAUGUAUUUAUUUAUCCCAUGGAUGAAUCAAAUAGCACUUCAAGUAGCUUCAAGCGUCAAUGGAAAAAAUCAAGCAGGAUCAAGAAAAAUUCGUCUAACAAUAAUGCGUUACAUGAAUCUAGCCUGGGUACUUAUGAUGAAACGGAUAUCAGAUCAAAUCGCUUGUCGUUUUAUUAAAAAUGAAACAGGCAGUGUUCCAAGCGCUCUGGGACCUGUACUUCCCAAGCGUAAAUCAACUAAUCAUAAACAUUUAAUAAGUAGGAAUACAUGUCAACCAUGGUCAAUCGAUGCUAGUGAAGUGGUCCGACCGGCUCCAUCAAAAUCUGUACUUCAACAACAAACAUCUCAAAAUUCAGGUCAAUUACAACAAAAUAAGAUUGACUACUCUUCAGUGAAUGCAAAUAAUUAUAAUAAUAACAAUAGUAAUAGUAAUAAUAAUAAUAGCAAUCUGUAUGGUCGUCCUCAAACACCAGAUGCUCAUACACCAUUGGCACCUCUAGCAGCUGAUGAAGAAUGUGGUGUACUGCCGGAUGCAUUCGAGGCAGCAGAUGUUGUUGAACUCAGAGAGACAUUCAGAGCGUUCAAUCAAGAUCAGAAAGUGAAAAGUUCAUUUGGUGUAUUAAUCACUGAAGCAGAGAUAUCAUCAUUUGAAAGAAUAGCAGCUGAUUGGUUUAAAAGAACUAAAACAAAUUAUACACCAGAAUACUGGAUACCAAUACAAUGGGCACAAAGAUUAACCCUGAAAGCAUUGGAUAGUGGAUAUAUUAGUGAUCCUAAAGUGGCAUUUUAUACAGUUGAAAACAUCGGACGAGUUAGACAGAAAAUGCAAGAUUUACAAGUCUACAGCAGUAUUAUGAUCCCCUUGGUCUAUACUCAAGUUGUCAUUAUUGCUGUCUACAGUUAUUUCAUGUGUCAAAUAUUCGCCUGUCAAUUUGUUGAAAAUCGCCCUGAUGAUAAAAGCAGAAAAAUUGAUUUAUACGUUCCAAUAUUUAGUAUCUUUUCAUUUCUAUUUCUUAUGGGAUGGUUAAAAGUUGCUUUAUGUGUCAUGAAUCCAUUCGGUGAUGACGACGAAGACUUUCAGACAUCGAAAAUUUUAGAUUACAACUUGGAUGUUAGUUUUCGAUCUGUUUAUAUGGAUAGUGAUUCAUUUCCUGAGUAUCUUUCACCACCGAUUGGAAAAAAACGAACUGAAGACGAUGGUGAAGAUGAUUUGCUCAAAUUUUUAGAUCAAAUAGAUCAAGAGUUAGCUGAAGUUACAGACAGAGAAUUACCAAAUGAUGUAUCCAAUUUGGAAAUGCGACCAUCACUUUGCGAACGUGCACGUAAUCUGUGCUGUUGUGAGAAAAAGGAACCGCCACCACCUCCCAUUUUUGUAACGAACGUUGAUUAUGAUAGAUACUUUGAUACGCCAAUGAAACCAAGUCAUCUUCAUCCAAGCGUUAAAAAAUGGACAUGGUUAAAUCUAUAAAAAAAAAAGUAUUUCUAUUCAUUGAAAACCAAAUUCAAUUUCGAUUUUCAAGCGCUUGAAUCAAAUUUAAACAAGCUUAAACAAGUAUCACUAA